UAUGCAAACCAAACAUGGUCUUCUUUACUUCUUUGAUAAUUCUUGUAGUACUUUGUGGAGUUUCCAUUGGAGGAACCGUUCACAAAGUCGGUGACUCCGACGGAUGGACGAUAAUGAGCGUCAAUAAUUACGACGAAUGGUCAUCUUCAAAAACUUUUCAAGUCGAAGACUCUUUGGUCUUCAAAUACAACAAAGAUUUCCACGACGUCACUGAAGUCACUCACAAUGAUUUCAAGUUGUGUGAACCAUCUAAACCGCUAACGAGAUACGAGACCGGGUCUGACACCAUCAUUCUAACCAAACCGGGACUCCAACACUUCAUAUGCGGAUUUCCUGGUCACUGCGACAUGGGCCAAAAGCUUCAAAUCCAUGUAUUACCAGCCUCGUUGGGACCUGUCGCUGCUCCGGUUCCUAGACCUGUCCGAUCACCAAGCUCUUUUUCGUCUCCUUCACCGUCUCCGUUGGCUCCACAGUAUCAGAUGGGACCAUCACCAGCUCCACUUAGCGCAGCUUCAAACUCUAAUGUUUGGAUUGGACUCUGCUUCAUUCCUUUACUUUUACUUUUCAUCUUAGUUUGUUAUAUUUACACACGUUUUGUCUUAUUGUUUUUCACUUUUUUGGUUCAAAGUCUCUACUAAUUUCUAAGAAUA